CCCAGGUGAGAUCGUACCGCUGUCGGCUCCGGUCGCCGGCACCCGGAAUUUUCCGGUCGGGGUUUCCUCCCUUAACUCACAGAAUGCCUGGCGUCAGUAACGUUUCGGUGUUGAGCAGGGGUGGUUUUUUCGCGCCACUUUGACGCGGACUCGGGUUACGUUCCGUCAAUGACAUAAUCAACAAUUUGGCGAGAUUUCACUCCCGGAUUCGGGACGACUCUGUGCGCGAUUCUGUGAAACUGUGAGGUGAAAAUGCGUUGGGUUCUCGUUUUUGGGGCGAUUUGCUGCUGUGUGACUUGUCAGACGUUGGUGCCCGACGAGGAGGAAGCAGCGAUCGUCUCAUCGGUGGACGCAGUUCUGGGUCGGAGCGCCACACUACCAUGUGACAUCGACCCAGGCAUCAGGGAAGACCGGGUGUACAUGGUGCUGUGGUACAGAGACACCCACACCAAGCCCAUCUACAGCUUCGACGUCCGCGGCCGCCCUUUCAACAAAGCGAUCCACUGGUCGGACCCCAUGGUGUUCGGCCCCCGAGCUUACUUCGUGACGGUCUCAAAGCCCGCCGCCCUCACCCUGGACGGGGUGACUCUGAACGACGAAGGCAUCUACCGAUGUCGGGUGGAUUUCCGCACAACGCCGACCAGGAAUUUCGCCAUCAAUCUUACGGUCAUUGUUCCUCCGCACCAGGUGCUGGUGUACGAUAACUCCGGACGGGACAUCGUUGGGAUCGUGGGUCCUCUGGAGGAGGGUGCGGACCUGGUGCUAACUUGCGAGGUUCGAGGAGGGCGGCCGACGCCGACGGUCUCCUGGUUCAUGAACGAGCGGCUGGUCGAGGGGGACGUGGAGGCCAUCGGCGACACCCUGAUGGUGAACCGGCUGGCGGUAAAGGCGGUGCGACGGGAGCACCUCAACUCCACGUACAAGUGCCAGGCCAGCAACACAAAGUUGAUGAUGCCCGCAGAGAAGACUGUAAGACUAGAACUUCUCCUGCGGCCUCUCAGUGUUGUCAUUCCUUACAAACCCCGGCAAAUGGUAGCCAAACAGGACUACACCAUACAAUGCCAAGUGACGGGGUCAAGGCCUAAGGCCACGGUGACCUGGACGAGAGACAAUCGGGACUUCAGGAGAGGAAAGUUUUUGGAGGAGGGCAACGAGACUGUGGUAAUAAGCUCGGUGACGUUCUCCCCGGAGCCCGAAGACGACGGCACAUUCCUCAAGUGUCUGGGUGACAACCCGAAGCUGCCCGGCUUCAGCCAGGAAGACUCGUUCAAACUGAACGUCGUCUAUCCCCCCAAAGUGGAGCUUCACCUGGGCAGCACCCUCAACCCCGAAGACAUCAAAGAAGGCGACGACGUGUACUUCGAGUGCAUCAUCAAAGCCAACCCCAAGCAGCACAAGAUCACCUGGUUCCACGACGGCACGCUGGUGAGUCAGAACAUGUCAUCGGGCGUGAUCAUCAGCACACACAGCCUGGUCCUGCAGAGGGUCACGAGGUGGCAGAGCGGCGCCUACACCUGCUUGGCGGCCAACCCCCGCGGGGAGAACGUCAGCAAUCCUGUCAUGCUAAGGGUUAGAUAUGCUCCGGUUUGCCGCGACACCGAGAUGGCUGUAAUCGGGGCCUCCCUCAACGAGGUGAUCAAAGUGCGUUGUCACGUGUCGGCCGACCCCAGCGACGUAACCUUUGUCUGGCAGUUCAACAACAGCGGCGAGAGCUUCGACGUGUCUCCUGCCCGCAUCUCGGCCUCCAUCGGCAACGUGAGCGAGCUCAUGUACACCACCUCCUCCCAGCGCGACUACGGCACCCUCACCUGCUGGGGCAAGAACUCGAUCGGGCGCCAGGCGGAGCCCUGCGUCUUCCAAGUGGUCCCCGCAGCCAAGCCCAGCCCCCUCACCAACUGCACCCUGCGCGCCGCCACCAACCACAGCUCGGACGUGCUGGAGGUGGAGUGCCGCGCCGGCUACGACGGCGGCCUGCCCCAGCGCUUCAUCCUGGAGGCGUACGACGCCUACACCAUGCGCCUGCGGCUCAACCUCAGCAGCGCCGAGUCCGACGUCCCCGUCUUCCGGCUGGACCUGGGGGAGAUGCUGCCGCCCUCCGGGGACGGCUUCCCGCCCUCGCUCCGCAUCGUCGUCUACGCGCAGAACGCGAAGGGCCGCAGCGAGAAGCUCGUCCUCGAGGACAUCAUGCUCAACGACGCCGAGAAACGCACAGAUGGGAGCAGCAAUAUGAGCAUCCUGCCCAUUGCGGCCCUCCUGACGGGGUCGCUCCUGACUCUGGGCAUCGCCGUGUUGCUCAUCGUCGUGCUGGCCGUCCGCCGGAAGCACCGGCACUGCGGCGGUGGCCACUGCAGCUACCAGCUGGACCCCUCGAAGCAGCCCAAAGUUCCGGGCCAGUCCUCCAGGCCCGGAUCGAUGCUGGAAAUCAACACGGGAGAUAAUCGCUACGUGGUGGCGUACACCCUGAAACCGGCAGCGGACUGCGGCACGCAGCCCUCCGCCAAUUCGUCCGUAGAUAGGCAACCAGAUAUUCUCAACACCCCCAGAGGUGCUGACACGACAACGCCACCCGGGCUGCCGAGACCUGAUGCCCUUUUCACCCCCUCAACGGGAGAACGGAAUCGGCAGCAGCACAGCCCCCCGACAUUCCCCAACUUUAGCCACGAAGAGCAGAUCUCGUCGCCGGAAGUGUCCGUGAGCCAGACGGGGGGCACUUUAGGGCGGCCCCGUCCGCGCCCUCGAGACAUUUCCUAUUCCAACUUCGCCACAAUGAGGAGAGACCACAUCAUAGCCGACGCCAUUCCGGGACCUGAAAGUUGUGUUUAAUGAACUGAGUUGAUCAGUGCUACCACCUCCAGUUAAAAACUUUCGUCAUUUUUCCUAAUCAAAGUAAUGAUUCUUCCAUUUGUAACAAACAGCGGGAUUAAUCUGGAGGCGGCAGCACUAACAUAGCGCCUGUGAUACAGGAGUAGAUGCCAAGUGUUUCUAGCAAAUGAUUCUGUUUAGAUAGUGGAACAAUCACAGACUCUCGAGCUUAACUAAUUGUUUUUAGAUAGGACUUUCCGAAAACUAUCAACGAACAAACUUGACAAAUGAAUGACCGACCAUAAUUUUCUAGGUCUAUGAAAUGUACAGUCGUGGUCGAGAAUUAGUUGAUUUUUAAGAGUAGUCAGAGAUAAUUUUCGGCCGACGAAUGUAACGACAAAACACUACUUAUACACGGGCAUAAUAAAUGUGUAACUUUUAAUACGGAUGAAUGUUAAUUAAAAUUUAGAAAAAACUAAUCAUACUGUGUAUGAUUUAUCGUAAACAGUUUUCUUUCUGAUGUGAGGGAAAAUGAGGUAACAAGGAGAAAAAUAUAAAUAUCUGAUGAAACGUUCCCACUUCAGUUACGCCGUUCUUUCAUUACAUCAUGCAUUAAUGGGCUUGGAAAGGCGUUCGAAUUACAAAUACUAAUUAAAAGCGUUCUCUCCCAGAUAAGUCAGUGUCAAAUUUAUUAAAUCGAUAGUCGAAAAUUUUCCUACAGUAAUAAAAGCUUGGCGUAUCUGUCCAAAGACUGUUUCCACUAUGUAAUAAAUUACAAUUAAGUGUAUAUGUACAAUAAGUCAGAUACUAUGUACAUAUGUUAUUAGAUGAAUUUGUUUUAACAUAUAAAAGCUUUAUUGCUGUGCAAUAAUGUAUUUUGUAAAUAAAGUGUGCUUACUACAGAAUGCGUGUGAGUUACAAUAUGUUGAGAUGUUGUUUAUAUUAAUUUAUUCGUGUAAAUAACUGAUGAACCAAUGAGAGUAUUAUUAAUAAAUAUAAACUAAAUGUGA